AUGCCUCACCGAAGCUCAGGAGGAAGGUCAGUCCCACGUCCUGUUGCUCGUGUGCCAGCGAACAAUGCUCCUUUAAAGCCUGCUAGUUAUGCCCCUCCCCCGACACCUGUGCAAAAGGGAAAUGGAUUUGGUGCUGCAAUCGUAGAUGCUAUUGGAUGGGGUGUUGGAACUGCUAUGGCUCACAGGGCAGCUGAUGUCAUUGUUGGCCCUCGUGUCAUCAAACACGAGACUGUUGCUUCAUCAGAACCAGCUGCCUCUGCUCCUCUCGCACCAAACACGAAUAAUCUUGUGAACUCGGAUGCUUGUGGCGGUCAAUCCAAAGCUCUAAGUGAUAGUCUGACCAACUAUGGAAGUGACAUUAACAAAUGCCAGUUCUACAUGGACAUGCUGAAAGAAUGCCGCAGGAGCUCCGGUGCUGCGUUGGAUGCUUGAUGAUGGUAAAGCUCGA